AUGCUUGAAGAUGACUUGAAGCUCAGCAGUGAUGAAGAUGAUAAUGAUCAGACCACAGAGAAGACAAAGCCUCGAAACAUUCCUGCAAAUGGCCUUCCAUUGCCAACAGCACACAACACUGUCCUCAUACAUUCCAGCGGCGGAUCCGGAAGCUCCAGUGAAUCUGAAAGUAGUUCGGAAUCUGAUUCAGACAGUGAAACCAGCUCCAGCGACAGUGAAUGCAAUGAAGAAUCGCGCAGCGGAACUCCGGAGCCUGAACCCCCCUCAGCGAACAAAUGGCAGCUGGACAAAUGGUUAAACAAAGUCAAUCCUCACAACAAGACGAUCAUCAGCAACCAACAUGACGGUCACGGGGAGAACAGCGUUCCGUCCCAGGCCGGGGCCCAAAUGGAAGGGCAAAACAAAGGGAAGGUUAACAACAGCUUGUCCCUGACCGAUUCCAAAGACAGGACCCUCCGCAGCCCCGCCCGAGAGAAAGCCAAACCCCGCGUGGCCCAGAAAACCACAGCGGACAUGAAAAGUUCCAAGCAGAAAUCCCCCCUGCACAAUGAGCCAGCCCCCCAAAGGACGACUGGGAAAAAGCAACCCAAAAAGGUCGAAAGAACUUCCAGCGCAGAAGAUUACAAUUGGCCCAAACCAAAUAUGACGAGCAGCACCCCCAAAGAGAAGGAGGCGCAAGAAAGCCCAGAACAGGCCAAACUGAGGGCCAAGAUGGCCGCCGGGAAAACCGCCCCAAGGAAGGAGCCGAGAGCCACCACCGGCCCGCCUCUGGAGAAGAAAAAGUACAGGGGUCCCAGCAAAACCUUCCCCAAGUCACGGGAGUUUGUGGAAACAGAUUCUUCCACCUCGGAUUCUAACACCGACCACGAAGAGAGCCUGCAGGCCAGGAGUCUGCAGGGAGGGAACGGCUCGGAGAGCGGCCUCAAAGCCAAGGACUCCAGCAGCAACAUCCUUAGCGUCAGCAGCUUAAUGAGCAACAACAGCAGCGCUUCGGUGGACCAGAACGGGCCGGAUUUGGAGGAGCCGCUCUUUUCGCCCCUUCCCAUGGUUCAGAACGAACCCCUGUCCCCCUUGAAGGAAUUCGAAGAACUCAAGUACCUUUGGGUGAAAAUAGACCUGAGUUUCCUCUCUCGGGUCCCCGGGCAAGAUCUGGACUUUGAGAACCUCUCUGGAAAGAUGGAACCUCGAGAGGUCAACGUGAAGCAUCGGCGACAGGCACCCGACUCUCCCUUGCCCCCGGCUGAAAAACCAGCUGCUAAAACCAAAAGGAAGCACAAACAGUCCGAAAAUGUGGACACACUUGGCGACAACAAGAAACAACGUUUAGAAGAGUCGUCGGCUUCCUGCUUACUUCCACCCUGCAUUUCACCGAUACCCAACCAUAGGAUACCCGGCAUGAAAGAAAGCAACUCCAUGAAAAAGGUGACCAAAAAGAGAGAAGAAAAACUCUUCCCACCCCCGUUGUCUCCUCUGAUGGACGAGGCAGCCCCCCGGCAUAACAUCAUGGAGAGCAGCUCUUUCAACCAAGAGAACUCCCUCCCUGGCUCCUUGCAGGCCAACCUCUGCUCCAAACACAGGAAGAAUGAGAACAAAUCCUCCUCCGUCAACUCCAAGGGCCUCAGUGAAGAGGAUGCUCCCAGCAGGCCUCCCAAUCCUUUGCUGGAAUCCAGCCACCUCGACAACAAUCUCUGGUUGACAAGUCCCAUCUUCACCAACGGGAACCCUGAACUGAGAAGAGCCAAGAUAACGUUUGAUGAUAUGCUUCACAAUGCGGAUUACUAUAUGCAGGAAGCCAAAAAGCUCAAGCAUAAGGCAGAUGCUCUGCUGGAAAAAUUUGGCAAAGCAGUGAAUUAUGCCGACGCGGCGAUCUCCUUCAUCGAAUGCGGGAAUGCUAUGGAGCGCGAUCCAUUGGAGGCGAAAUCUCCGUACACCAUGUACUCGGAGACGGUGGAACUUAUCAGGUACGCCAUGAGAUUGAAGAACUUCACAGGGUCUUCUGCCACGGAAGGAGACAAGAAACUGGCUGUCCUCUGCUACCGCUGCUUAUCCCUUCUCUAUCUGAGAAUGUUUAAACUGAAGAAGGAUCACGCAAUGAAGUAUUCCAGAUCCUUGAUGGAAUAUUUUAAGAAUUCAUCCAAAGUUUCACAAGCCCCUUCUCCUUGGGGAGGCAAGAGCACAGAAACGCCCUCCCCGAUGUCUCUGAGCCCCUCGCCCAUCAGCACCCUUGGAAGCACCACAAGCACAGCGGGCUCCUCUUCGGUGGGAACGGUCAGCAUCCCCCAACGGAUCCACCACAUGGCCGCCAGCCACGUCAACAUCACCAACAACGUCUUGCGGAGCUACGAACAUUGGGACAUGGCCGACAAACUGACAAAAGAAAACAAAGAGUUCUUCAUAGACUUGGACUUGGUGAUGGGUCCGUUAACACAACACAGCAGUAUGACCAACCUGGUCCGUUACAUUCGUCAAGGACUCCAUUGGCUUCGCGCUGAAGCACACUUGUUAUAG